AUGACAAACGGGUUGAAUUCACUACAAACAAUUGAUGCUGCUGCUUUUAAUACAAACAACGAAUCUACGAUAGCCCAAGGCAGAAAUAAUGAUUUGGACUAUCAUAAGAUAGAAUUCGCAGUCAGUUGGCAAGAAGAUACUAUUAUUUUGGAAGUACCUACCAAUCGUACUGUUGGUUUUAUCAAGGAACAAUUGCAAAAUCGCUUAGGUAUAUCACGCAAGAAUCAAAUAUUGGAAAACUGGCCAAAUAAUACUGAAAUUACAAUCGAUGAUAAUACCGUAAUAUCUUCGCUUAUGCUGCCUGAUCAAGUAAAUCUUAAUCUAUUAACGACUUCAACCGCCGAUAACAACUCUGUAAAUCUGAUAAGAGCUGAUCAAUGCGAAUUUAUCGUGCAUAACUCUGGAGGAAAAUUUACUUUACAUUUUCCUUGGUGUACCACACUACGCGAGGAUGGCUAUAUCUUGAUUUGUAGCAUUUUAUUACAGAUUACUUUACAAGACUGUGAUUUGCCACCCGUUUAUAGCGCCAGCGUGGCAUUGUCUUACGAUUUUAAUAAGGCUGCUUUCUCUGCGGAUGACGAUAUCGAUGGUAAUGAUGAUGAUGAUAAUUGUGAUUCCAUGGAUUUGGUAAACAUCAAGGAUAAUUAUUUUAACUCUAACAAUCAAUUAAUGCCGGAUGACUGGAAAGAUCUUACGCUAGCAUUAUCUGGAUUCAGUGAUGCCUUUGAAAUUAGAUAUGGUCCCAUGCAUCCGCUAUUUUUUAUUGGCCCAUUAAAAGAUGCCCUAGAUGAAUGUUUCAAAGGAAAUGUAAAUCAGAGAAAGCCAUUAUUCGUUUAUAUACAUAACAGCAAAAGUGUCCAAGUGAAUAUCUUUUGUAGCAAUGUUUUAUGCUCAGAAUCCAUCGUUAACUACUUAAAUCAAAACUACGUAAAUUGGGCCUGGGACGUAACUUUGCCUAGUAAUCGCGAAAAGUGCUUUAGUUUAUGUACGUCACUAUUUGGUGCUACGGCAACAUUCUCUCUGGAACGAUUUGAAGACGAUGACUACCCUAUUAUGCUAGUUAUAACGAAAGUGAAAUCUUCCCUAGAAAUAAGUCGCGUGUUGCAAGCUAAAAUGUCAUUGGACGAGCUAUUUACUGGAUUAAUGGGUGCAUUUGAAGAUUACCGGCAUGUGUUACAUAAUGAAUUAAAAGAAGAAGAAGCUAGAGAGGCCAGACAAAGGUUCAAGAAACUUCAAGACGCAGAAUAUGAGGCAUCUUUAAAGGCUGAUCGAGCAAAGGCUGAGCAGCGCGCUGCUGAGGAAGAAGAACGAAAUCGCCUAGAGAAAGAGGCACAACUUUUGCGAGAACAUGAAGAGCAAGCUCUAAUGGAGGAAGUAAAACGGAAAGAGGCGGAAAGACAGAGUUUAGCACAGAGCAUUCCGCAAGCACCUCCGGACAAUUGUACUGAUGAUGUGAUUAAAUUCUUAAUACGCUUACCUGGUGGGGAAAGGCUAUCCCGUAAAUUUUACUCACGCAAUACUGUGAAGGAUUUAUUAAACUACGUGGCAUCCAAUGGUUUUCUUGAUUUUGAAUUCAAAGUAGUGACUAAUUUUCCUAAACGUGAGAUUUCUGCCUUAGACCCCCACUUGAGUUUAGGAGAUGCGGGAUUUUUAAGCCAAGAUACUCUAUUCGUGCAAGACAGAUGA